GGUCUCAUGAUACAUGCACAAUCUGAGAUCACACAUCUAAACCAUGCCACUAUCUGCUUUUUGGGAAGAGAGGGGAUAAGGGGGUAUAGUAGUGUGAAUAGGACUUGGCAUUUACUCAAAGUUGAGUUCAUGCGAAAUAUUUCAAAUUUUACUUGCAGAUCUCUCUUUUUCAACAAAAGCGUGAGAGAGGCGAAGAUCCCAGCUAUUCUACCACUCAAUUUGAGCUACGCCGCCCUUUCAGUCAAAUUAGCUCCUUACUGGUCCCUGCAAAAGUUCAUCGUAUGUUCAAUAAUUUUGCUACUGGUUCUCUACACAAAGCCAUAAAUUUUCUAUCCAAGAAAUAAUCUUCACUACAAUUUGUAACCGAUUCGCAAAUACUUCAUAGUUCUAUCAUGAUGGUUUUCAAAUCGGAAAUUUGUAGUGAUGCGGAUAUGGAUCGCACCUUCGAAAUUGUGAGCCAUGCUUUCGGCCACGAUAUCGAAGCCGCAUUUCCCGCGCACGAUACGCCCACGGGCCGAGCACUCGGCUCAUCUCGCAUGUCGAGCAUGAAGAGAACGGAACCUUCCACCACAUUUCUAAAAGUUACGGAUACUGACAAGGGAAUUAUGAUCGCACAAGCUAAAUGGAAUAUCUACAAGAAUACCGCACCUAAGGAAACUGAUCUCGAUGAAAACUUCUGGGAAACUGACGAGGAGAAAUUGUAUGCUCAGUUGAUGCGUCGAGAAUACUUGAUUCCUCGUCGCAAAGCAAUCGAAGACUCGGGAGGAAACAUCUUAUGUACAGCUCAUCUCUUCGGAUAUUUGAGAUAUUUCUGACCGUCGUUUUCAGCGUUAGAUAUGUUGACUGUCGACCCCAAAUAUCAAAGUCGAGGAGCAGGUCGUCUCCUUGUAAAGUGGGGAACUUCUAUCGCUGAUGAGCUCGGUUUCAUAUUAUGACUCUCUAUUGUUUGUUCCAAAUGAUACAUUUUCGCUAGAUCUCUACCCCUCUCUUCGAAACCCA